GCCACUCUGCGCGCCGGCGGGGGCUGCGCAGGAGGAGCGCUCCGCGGCCACGGCGCUGCGCGGCCCGCGCGGCGACACCUGUUCGCGGCAGCCCGGGCAGCACGCGAGCUCCGGGACGCGGUCCUCGCCCGCCGCUUGCCGCUCGCCUCACUGCAAGCCGCUGGACCUCCGCAGAGCCUCUGCAGCGUUCUGGAUACUAGCUUUGGACGCCGAAAGUUUUUUCCCCCUUCUUUUUGUUAUAUUAUCUUUAUUUUUUGGAGGAGGGACUGGGAGGAGAGAUUUGUCGCCGCCGCCAACGUGAGAUUUUUUUUUUCCCCUUGAAGGAUUCAUGCUGAUGUCUGCAGAGUCGGUUAGAGAGUAAAAACAGCGCAUGCCUUUCUGGAGUCAGGAUCCGUAAAUUCUGACGUAGCCCGAGCAUCUUAAAAAUCCCUGUAAUAUCGCCCAGGCACUUACGUUGCUAUGGUCAUUCUGAUCUCUAAGCAAAUGGAGAAACUACGGAUUUUUUUCCCUUAUUACGGUCGGAUGGGAUGAAGACCUUUCUGCCUGCUGAGAGUCGAGGCUCCAUAUGUAGCGAUGCAUAGCUGUGUUGAUCAAUGUCAGUGUGUGAGUAUAAAGUGGUGGCUUCUUAGACUAUCAGUGGUUUGACCUUGAACCUGUGCCAGAGAAACAGCCGAUUACUUUUAUUUAUGCAUCGGAUGGAUUGAAGAAAAGAACCCUUUUUCCCUCUCUGUCUGCAACUGCGGCAAGGGAGGGGAGUUGGAUAUACCUCGCCUAGUGUCUCCUGGUUGAUACCAUCAUUAUUGUUUAUUCUUGUGCUUAAAAGCCGAGUCCUCUGAUGGCUCCCUUAGGUGAAGUUGGGAGCUAUUUCGGUGUGCAGGACGCGGUACCGUUCGGGAACGUACCGGUGUUGCCGGUGGACAGUCCGGUGUUGCUAAGUGACCACCUGGGUCAGUCCGAAGCAGGGGGGCUGCCCCGGGGCCCCGCAGUCACGGACUUGGAUCAUUUAAAGGGGAUUCUCAGGCGGAGGCAGCUGUACUGCAGGACUGGAUUUCAUUUAGAGAUCUUCCCCAACGGUACUAUCCAGGGAACCAGGAAAGACCACAGCCGCUUCGGCAUUCUGGAAUUUAUCAGUAUAGCAGUGGGCCUGGUCAGCAUUCGCGGUGUGGACAGUGGACUCUACCUCGGCAUGAACGAGAAGGGGGAGCUGUAUGGAUCAGAAAAACUAACACAGGAAUGUGUGUUCAGAGAACAGUUUGAAGAGAACUGGUACAACACCUACUCUUCCAACCUCUAUAAACAUGUGGACACCGGAAGGAGAUACUAUGUUGCAUUAAAUAAGGACGGGACUCCAAGAGAAGGGACCAGGACUAAACGGCACCAGAAAUUUACACAUUUUUUACCUAGACCAGUGGACCCUGACAAAGUACCUGAACUAUAUAAGGAUAUUCUAAGCCAAAGCUGACAAAGACAGUGUCUUCACUUGAGCCCUUAAAACAUAACCACUAUAAAUGCUUUCAUGCGGUGGGUUCUUAUUGAUUAGCAGUGCCGUCACCUCAGCUCCACUGUUGCCAAACUUUGUCGCAUGCAUAUGAAUGAUGGAAGCUUGGAUGAGGACUUGCCAAUUUGCUCUGCACUUACUGGCUGGUCCUCCUGGAGGGCUGCCUAGGGCCACUUGCUUGAUUUAUUACAAAAGCAGGGGAGAGAGGCUGCGGGAGAGGGUGCGAGUGCAUGAGUGAGUGGAGGGGACUGCAGCGCGCCACGAGGACAAUGGCCUGAUGCAUGCUGGGAAAUAGACACGCUUUUACAUUUUUGAUCAGUUGAACUUCAUUCUAUAUCAGCACAGCUGCCAUACUUCAACUCAUCAGGAUUUUUGGCUGGUGGCCUGCUCAAGGGAACACUGCCUUUCCACAGGCGUGGAGAGAGCAGUCUCACUUAAAAAGACUAUCAGUUCAUUCACACUGGUAUCAUAGCCCAGUGAAUUUAAAGCAAAGACCUCUUAGUUUAAAAGAAAAAAAAAAAAAGAAAGAAAAAAAAGAAAAGAAAAAGAAAAAAACAAGGAAAAAAAGAAAAAAAAGAAAAAAGGUUAAAUUUAUUUAUAGAAAUUCCAAAGGCAACAUUUUAUUUAUUUUAUAUAUUUAUUUAUUAUAUAGAGUUUAUUUUUAAUGAAAUAUGUACAGGCCAGAUAGGCAUUUUGGAAGCUUUAGGCUCUGUAGGCAUUAAAUGGCAAAGUCUGCUAUGAACCUGUGGUAACUUCAUGCAAGUAGGUAUACGAGAAAUUCUAAUGGCCCUAAUGUACUAAAGGCGACAAUCUAUUUUGUGCCCAUAUUAUUGUAAACUUCUGCACAUCGCUCAUGACACUGAGGAGUCACUCUUCAGACUGCUUGUUUCAUAGCUUAUCCCAGAGGAUUAAAGAUAAACUGGGUUUCAACCCUUCAUUUCGUGUCUGUAAUUUUCCUCUCUCGUAAUUCAGUCUCUCAGUGUAACUGGGCGGUUGGAACAUAUGAGGGUUGGUGUAUGUCUUACUUGUUUUAAUCUAUUGCAGAGUGUACCAAAGCUAAGCAAUGACUAUGCGUUUUAAAUUUCAGCCCACUUCUGUGACAACAGGGCUAACAUCAAACAUGGCACUGAUUAAAAAUUCCCAAGGGAGAGGAAAAUCCAUUUACAUAGCUCCUCCUCCUCUUCCUCCGCCUCUUCCUCCUCUUCCUCUUCGACUUCCUCGGCCUCCUCUUCUUUUCUUUCUUUUCUUUUCUUUUCUUUUCUUUUCUUUUCUUUUCUUUUCUUUUCUUUUCUUUUCUUUUCUUUUCUUUUCUUUUCUUUUCUUUCUUUUCUUUUCUUUUCUCUUCUCUUCUCUUCUCUUCUUUUCUUUUCUUUUCUUUUCUUUUCUUUUCUUUCCUUUUCUUUUCUUUUCUGAGGCAAAAAUUAGAUGACCGGGAUCAUUCUUGUAAACAUUUUAUUUGUGUCUUGGCUAUCAAAUAUGAAAUUCUACAUGGACCCUAGGGCUCACUAUAACAUUUUUAAUGGAGCUGGCAUUUGGUGUGAACUGUCAUAAUCACAUGGGGUUAGUAACCUCCAAGUUAAACUGGCAACAUGGAACUAAUGUCUUCAUCAGUAACGACCUUGGAGGGGUUACUGUAGCCAUUGCCUGUGCUUCAUCUCCGAAUCGGACUUCAGCAGUUCUCAGAGAAGUGGGUACUAAAUAGAACACUGUUUACAAAACCUUUUAUAACAUUAUAUGCUGAAAAGCCCAAGAAUACAUACUUAUUUGAUAGCCAAAAUCCUCCUGUUGGGUAAGGGAGACUAUUUCUCUCUCACUAUAUACCAAGGUGAAAAGAGCCAAGUUCUUGAAGCAAUAAAGAAAUCUAUAACACAUUCUCACUCUCUAGCUCGUUGAUGUGGGGAAAUUGAAAGUGACAGCUAAAAAAAUAUGUUUGAAUUUGUGCAGCUAAUUUUAAGAUGCAAUAUUCUGGCUUCACUUUGCUUGGAUGCACAUUCUCGAUGGGAAGCGAAAGCGUGUCACUGGCAAGGGAUAGCUGUUGUGGUCUAGAAAUGCCUGUCUUCCUGUCCUGAGCAAAUCCAUGUAGCCAUCUUAUGGUCCAAGCUGGAGCGGGUGACGAUCUUCCGUGCUGAUGAGCAUUAGGGAGGAACUUGUAUUUGGAACUGAGAGAUGUCACAGAGAGAGGAGCCAGACGCUCUGUGGAUCAGGCAAUAGGAUAAAGAUCAGGAUGCAUUCUGCAUGUGUGUUCUGUGGAUCCCCCACCCGCUUUCUAAACAGGAGCCGGCGUGAAUUUUGAGCAGUGUUUUUGUUUGUUAUUUAACACUUUGCUGCUAAAAUGUACACAUACUCAGAUUUCCAUUUAUCCAAAAGCACUUAUUUUAUUUUAUUUUGCUGCAAAAGAUUCAACAUUUGGCCAUAGGAAAGAAUUAGGUUGGUAGGAUGUCAUAGCUGUAAUAUCUGAAGAAAUUGAUUUUAGGAGACAGCCAAUAAUAAUCAUAAAGUAGCAGGUGUUCCAGAAAAUCAGCCCAGAAGAAUAAAAAAGAACUGUGCAGAAACUAAAAAUUUCAUAUAUUCCCAGAAAAUGCUACUUUAAUGUCUCUUUUUGGACUUUGUUUUGGUACUUUUUUUUUUUUUUUUUCCUUUCUGAAAAGCAAAAUGUUGUCUGCUUUUGGUAACCAGUACAAUAAACUGUAAUGGUCUGUAAAUAAAUAAAUAUUGAUGUAUGCUAUUUAUGUAAAUAGGCAUUCUGGGAGGGAAGAUGGCUCAGGGUUUCUGUGUAUCACCCUGGGAAGUGGAUGGAUUCUUUCCAGCUCUCCGGUUUGCAUCAGGUUCAGUUCCUGCUUUAAGAGGCACAAAGCCUGUUGGAUGGCAGCCCCAUGCCACUGUGGGCUGGGUGAUUCCAGCUCAGAAGCAGAUGCUCAGAUAGCCAAACCACUCUCUCGUUGGUGCCAACACUGGCAUCCUGGUCAAAGUCUUAGCCAGGGUGGACUGAACCACCUUCCCAUCUGUCAUGCAAAUGUCCCCAAGCAGUGUUGAAGGACAUGCCAGGUCAGUGUUGGAACCUGCCCUGCCAGGUCCUGUUUUGUAGAUUAAAAAAAAAAUGGCUUCAGUCGGUGGUGUUUUCCCUAUUUCAUCUCAUUAACACUGAAAUAUUGUGUCACUUACUUGAUAAUCUGUAAUUGAAUGUAAAUACAUACAGGAUUAUGUACGUUGUGUAAAUACAUAAUUACAGACUUUGGAAAA